AAAAAUGAUAUUUAAAACUAUCCUUUAAAAAGGUUAAACAUGCUCUGCUGCUGCUCAUUUUAAGCAACAUGUUGUUGUCUAAAGUUAUCCUGUUUUCAUUGUUUUGUGGAAUUAUUAAAAGCGAACAAAAUUGGCCAUUGAAUAAAAUUAUUCAUCAAGUCAUUGAAGAGUCCCAUUUAUCAACAAUUUACUUUCAUGAUUUUGACGAGGACACUUUUCUAAGCAACUUUUUCCACAAACCAUUUGACAUUCCUGUGAUUAUUCUUAAUACCAUUUCUUCAAAUGAAACCUUUGAAAGAAGUGAAAAUAAUACCAUUAUAUUUGUGAUACAGGUGUCAAGUAAUUUUUUUAAUUUUCGUCAUUACUGGAUACUUCAAAUGAAAGUUCGACGUUUUAUCAUUGUUUAUGGAAAUAGACUUCAAGAACUUCAGAGCAAACAAAACUUAUGCAUAUUUUCCCUUUGCCGAUGAUCCGAUUCAAGAGUUUUUGUUAAAGAAUCAAAUUUUGUUGCCGAAUUCUUUAAAGAACUUGAAUGGAUAUACUUUUCGAACAACUAUAUCACCGGAACCUCCCAGAGCUUUUUGGUAUACUGACAAAAAAGGACAUCGCCAUAUUGGAGGUUCAUCUGGACAGAUUUUUCUAGGAUUUUUGAAAAAACACAAUGCAACUUAUGUCGAAAUGGACACACAAAAUUUGAAAAAUGACCCGGGAUAUGCAAUUGCCAAUGCAACCAGAUGGAAGAUAAUCGACAUUAGUAUGAAUCUUUAUGAUAAAUUCUCUGGAGUUCAGCAAUCCUAUCCAAUUAAAUUUGUUAAAUGGAAUCUAUUAGUUCCACUCAAUGGAUAUUUAGACUCAAGUCAGUACUUUUUGAAACCUUUUCAACCAACAGUUUGGAUAUGCUUUGGACUUGUGUUUUUGUAUUUAAUUGUCACUGAUUUUUUGAAAGAUUUCUUCAUUUCCAACGAAGGUCCUGCAAAUGUGUGGAAAUCCUUUAGUCGAAUUUUCUUGAUUUUUCUCAAUAUGUCUUUAGAGAAACCAGUAACUAGAUCAUAUUGGUUUUAUUCUCAAACAAUGAUUUUGGCUUUUAUUGCUGUCAAUUUUUACCUCAUUUUUAUGACAUCCUUUUUGACAGUUUACAUCAAAGUAAAACAGUUCGAGACAAUUCAAGAUCUAAUCGAAAAUAAUAUUCCAGUAUUGAUGCUACCAUCUGAUUUUGAUUUCUAUCGCACACAAUUACAAUAUGAAAAACCAAAAGGUUUUGAAAACAUAAUUGUAUUGGAGGAUUAUGAAACAUUUUCCCGAGAAUUAAGUUCAAUGAAAAAUACCAGCUUUGUUUAUUCUGAGGCUACAGAUAAAUUGGAAUUUCUAAUGGAAGCACAAUUGAAACCAAAAUUUCAUAUAAUUAAAGAUAAUUUGCUGCAAUUUUAUUUGGGAUUUUUGCUAAAAAUUAAUUCACCUUUUGAAGAAAUUUUGAAUGAUUUUAUAUUUCAAGUUUUUAGCACAGGUUUGAUUAAUAAAUGGGAAGAGAAUGCUUAUUACCAGGCUAAAACUGAAGGUUUAAUUUACACUGAUUCGAAGAAAAUGUAUGAAGAAGAGAAAGAAACAAAACCACUUGCAUUAUAUCAUUUCAAAUUUGCUUGGAUAUGUUUUAUUGUUGGAAUAUUUAUUGGAUUUGGAACAUGUGUUUUGGAAGUUUUGUACUUUGCGAUUUUUUAG